UCAAAUCUGAAGCACUCCCAGAACGACGUCAUUUUAGUAAUUUUCCAGUUUGAGCUGUGGGAAUGCUGAAAAUGGCGAACUCGUUCCCAGAGGAGGUGCUAGAACACGUGUUCUCGUUCAUACAGUCGGACUCGGACCGGAACUCGAUCUCGAUGGUGUGCAAGUCGUGGUACGAGAUCGAGCGAUGGUGCAGGAGGAGAAUAUUCAUCGGGAACUGCUACGCCGUGAGCCCUAGGAUGAUGAUCAGACGGUUCCCAGACAUUAGAUCCAUCGAGCUCAAAGGGAAGCCUCACUUCGCCGACUUUAAUCUGGUCCCUGAAGGCUGGGGUGGCUAUGUCCACCCCUGGAUCGCCGCCAUGGCUGAUGCCUACCCUUGGCUUGAGGAGAUCAAGCUCAAGAGGAUGGUUGUCACCGACGAGACCCUGGAGCUGAUUGCCAAGUCUUUCAAGAAUUUCAAGCUCCUUGUGCUUUCAUCUUGCGAGGGCUUCAGCACUGAUGGCCUUGCCGCCAUUGCUGCCAAUUGCAGGAAUCUGCGGGAGCUGGACUUGCAUGAGAGCGAUGUGGAGGACCUGAGUGGGCAUUGGCUCAGCCAUUUUCCUGAUACGUACACAUCACUUGUUUCCCUUAACGUUGCCUGCUUAGGGUCUGAGUUUAGUUCAUCUUCUCUGGAGCGCCUGGUGGGUAGGUGUCCCAAUCUGAAGAGUCUCCGGCUCAAUCGCGCUGUGCCUCUCGACAGGCUAGCCAAUCUACUUCACCGGGCACCUCAGCUGGUUGAGUUAGGCACAGGGGCCUAUUCGGCUGAGUUGCGGCCUGAUCUCUUCUCAAACCUAGCAGGUUUGCUCUCGGGAUGCAAGGAACUCAAGAGCCUAUCUGGGUUUUGGGAUGUGGUCCCAGCAUAUCUUCCAGCUAUUUAUUCUAUCUGCCCUGGGCUGACAUCACUAAAUUUGAGUUAUGCCACUAUUCCAAGCCCCGAUCUUAUAAAGCUUGUUAGCCAAUGUCCAAAUCUGCAGCGGCUUUGGGUAUUGGAUUACAUUGAAGAUGUUGGCCUUGAUGCCCUGGCAGUGUCUUGCAAAGAUCUACGAGAAUUAAGGGUGUUUCCAUCAGAUCCGUUUGUAGUGGAACCAAAUGUGUCGUUGACAGAGCAGGGCCUCAUAUCUGUUUCUGAGGGCUGUCCAAAGCUCCAGUCAGUUCUGUACUUCUGCCGGCAAAUGUCUAAUGAUGCACUAAUCACCAUUGCAAGGAAUCAACCUAACUUUACAUGUUUUCGUCUUUGUAUAAUUGAGCCCCGAACUCCGGACUACCUUACCCUUGAGCCACUUGAUGUGGGUUUUGGGGCCAUUGUUGAGCACUGCAAGGAUCUCCGGCGGUUGUCUGUCUCCGGUCUACUAACUGAUCGUGCGUUUGAGUAUAUUGGAACACAUGGAAAAAAGUUGGAGAUGCUUUCUCUAGCCUUUGCUGGAGAUAGUGACUUGGGGCUUCAUCAUGUAUUGUCUGGGUGUGAGAAUCUACGGAAACUGGAGAUUAGGGACUGUCCUUUUGGUGAUAAGGCUCUUUUGGCCAAUGCUGCAAAGCUGGAGACAAUGCGAUCCCUUUGGAUGUCUUCUUGCUCAGUGAGUUAUGGAGCAUGUAAGCUGCUAGGUCAGAAGUUGCCGAGGCUUAAUGUUGAAGUUAUAGAUGAGAGGGGACACCCGGAGUCCAGGCCGGAGAGCUGUCCUGUUGAGAAGCUCUACAUUUAUAGGUCCGUUGCGGGGCCAAGGUUUGACAUGCCUGGCUUUGUUUGGACCAUGGAUGAAGAUUCUGCAGUGAGGGUUACUUGACACUUGGGGGUUACUUGACACUUGCGCGGAGACACCCGCGGAUUCAAACCCUUGAUAUGUCUUGCAUGGGGGGCAUAGCAGGUACAUGCUUAAUAUAUGGUACUCAAUUGUUUCGCAUUUAAAUUCAUCGGUAGCUUAAUAUAGAUGCAGCUCUGAUUGGAGUGGAAGCGGGGGUAGGGAGGUAUACAGAGGCUCAAGAGCUCGAUUGCCAUUCAUUUUACCAUUGGCUGAGCUAUGGGAUACCAGUUAGACUAAUAAAGAGAUUUAAGCUCCUGUUGUUGUUGUUGUUGUUGUUGUUAUAUGUAUUAAACAGAGUUGUUAAUUUUAUUCGGCAUAGCCACCACCAUGUAUACUAGCUGCAGACUUUUGCAUGUUUAUGCAUUUAUGUGGCCCUCUUUUUUCAACAGGAAUUAAUUGCCAUGUGGACCCAUUUGUAUCAUUGUUAACCUUCGAUCUCAGCAAAUAAAGCUUCAAAUUUUAAUA